GAUCAAACUAUGGGCGACUUUGCUAGUAUUUCAUCAAUCGCUCCUCAUCGCGGGUUCAAGAGCAAAGCGCGCGAAGUGCUGAUUGGCGAUCCUGAUUAUCACCCAGAGAACGCUGCUAUCACACAGAUUGCCCAGCAUUCACCUAUCGCUCCUCAUCGCGGCUUCAAUAGCAAAGCUCGAGAAAUCUUAAUUGGUGAGAAGGAUAAAAAUCUUUCAGGAAUGGCCACCAAAUCCGCAAGUGAAUUCGAUCUCUUUCGCAAAGUUGUUGGAGGAUUGAAGAAGCCUCAAAGUCCUGUCACUCCUAGCUCUCCGAAGACUCCUAAUUCGGCAUGUUCAAGUCAAGAACCACCUUCAUUCGAUGCAAUCGGUGAACGCCCAGUGGUGAAACGUCACAAGCAACUUCAUCAGAUUGGAAAGACAAAAUCUUGUGGAGAAAUCAAAAACUUUGAGAGGCGGCUGAUAAAAACUUACCAAGAAGAGAAUAUAAUCAAAAUGCCCAGCAUGGACUCAGAGCUUACUGAUCUCGAACUUAACGCUGACCGAGGCUUGACGGAUCUUGAUGAAAUUACUAAAGCCCGCGUUUAUGAAGUUCCUGAAAAUCAAAAGAAGAGAAAUGUGGCCGCAUGGCUGAGCAAGCAGUCAUAA